AUGACUGAUUAUGUAUUCCCGAGUACUGCAGACCUUGCAAAGUCUGAUGCCUACAUACAGAGCAUCCUGGACCCUCAUGGUGACCCUGCACUCGAAGCUGCAACUCAGAAUAGACAGGCCAACGGUCUUCCCGAGAUCUCUGCCGGGCUUCAGUUUGGUAAAUUCUUGAAGCUCACUGCGCAAGCUGUUAAUGCAAAGAGGAUCCUAGAGAUUGGGACUCUUGGAGGUUACACUGCUAUAUGGCUUGCUAGAGCGCUACCUGAGGGUGGAAAGCUGAUUACACUCGAGAUAUCCGAUAAACACGCUAAGGUUGCACGAGAGAAUAUUGAUCGCGCCAGUUUGUCAUCCAAGGUUGAAGUUAAAGUCGGGCCCGCCAUCAAUACGCUGAAGACUCUAAACCCCGACGAGCCGUUCGAUCUUGUUUUCAUCGAUGCGGACUGGGAGAGUGUUCGCGUUUACUUCAACGAAGCAAAGAGAUUAGCAAGAAAGGGCGCAGCGAUUGUUAUCGAUAACGUGAAUUAUGACGCGAAAGUUGCAUUGGAACCCGAAGACACGAAGGAAGCGUAUAUUAGGUCGAUCAAGGGUCUCCUCGAUCAGUUGAAGGAGGAUAAAGAGGUUGACGUGACGAUCCUUGGGAUAGCAGAAUACAGACGGUUCGAUGGACUACUGUACGCAAUUAAGCAGUGA